UUGAGUCUCCUGUCUCCGUCUCUUCUCUCCAUGCACGACCGUGGCCGUGACCUAGAGAAGGCUGCUUCGUUGCCUUCCUUACUCAGCAAUUUUUCUAGUGAAGAUCAACAGCAUUGGAUGAAUUUAAUAAUGGAAGCAGCUGGUAUUAAUGAGCAAGUUGAAAAAAUUGAAAAUGGAAAAUUUGAUGAGGAAGAAAAUAAUAAUAAAUUUUUUGGGAAUAAAAAAGAUGGACUUAAACAACAAAAUAUUUUACCUUCUGAAAGGGGAUUGCUUUUUAAAAAAGCUCGUUCACUCUACGAAAAAGAUGUAUGCUAA